AUGGCGCUUCCAACGCGACUCGCUUCUCCGGAGGCGCCAGAGGUCAAUUUGCUGGAGUCGACCGGAGACAGGUGCUCUACUCUGGUAUGGGGCGCGGCAGUGGAACUGAUGGCCUUCUUGAGAGCGCACGGGCGAGAGUACGGGCUGCUCCAACCAGGAGUGCGCAUUCUCGAGCUGGGUGCUGGUACAGGUUGGCUGGGACUUUCCCUGGCCACGGCAUUUCCAGAUCUUGGACGACUUCUUCUUACGGAAACACCGAUUCAUCUGGAUGCCCUGGAUCACCUGCAGCGCACCGUGAAGUUGAACGUGGGCCUGCCUGGUGCUGACAAAGUGGAGGUGGCAGCACUCGACUGGGCCGACGUAGAUGCCAGUGCUGUCUGCGAAGAGACCUGGGAUCUAAUUCUGGGUUCCGACCUCGUCUACAGCCGGGACACCGCGUCGCUGAUGCCAAAAGUCGUCUCGAGGCUUCUUCUUUCUCAGGAGCGCCGCACGGGCACGUCGCCUACGGCUGUGUACUGCCAGUCUCUACAUCGAUGGGGCUUCGCCGGAUACGACAUACCUUUCUUGGAAGGCUGUUCCGCUGCCGGACUCGUACCCCAGGCUCUGUGGCUUCAGGGCUAUGGCCCAUGUACUGGAGACUUCGACUCUGACUGCGCAGCCGUGGAAGUCGACCCACGAGUUCGAGCGCUGGCGCAGCGGCCAGCGAUCUUCCGUUUAGCUGCAAGGAGUUUUUCGGGCGUGGAGCCUGUGGCGGAUUCCUGGCUGCGCUACGCA